AUGAGUAUACAUACUCAUUUAGAAGAUUUAUCGAAUGAAAUUUUUUUCGAAAUAUUUGAAUAUUUACAUGCACUUGAUAUUUUGACUAGUUUUACUUCAUUGAAUCAACGAAUUUCAUCUAUUUUGCAAUCUAUUCCACUUCGUAUUAUUAUUCUACAUAAUUAUUGUCGUCGUCAAAUUGAUUUUCUUUCUUAUUAUCUUACUUUUCAUGCUCAUCAAGUUAUUUCAUUAGAAAUUCAUGAUAUAAUUCUUGAUUAUUCAUCUGUUAUUAAUUUAUUAUUUAAUCGACAUAAUUUUAUUAAUCUUCAAUCAUGUAUAUUUGCUUCAAUUAAUUCAUCAACAAAAUUUAAAAAUGUUUUUAAACAAAUUCAAAGUCUAAAUAGACUUGUUAGAUUUAGUCUUCUUGAUCCAUAUUUUAAUAUGAAUGAAAAAGAUAAAUGUGAUUUAACUCGCAUGCUGUUAAUGCA